AUGGAGACUGGAAAUUACUCUGCCGCAACUGAAUUCUUUCUGGUGGGGCUUUCCCAAUACCCAGAGCUCCAGCUUUGUCUGUUUGUGCUCUGUCUCAUCAUGUACCUAAUAAUCCUCUUGGGAAAUAGCCUCCUUAUUAUUGUCAGCAUAUUAGAUUCUCGCCUCCACACUCCCAUGUACUUCUUCCUUGGAAACCUCUCAUUCUUGGAUAUCUGCUACACAUCAUCAACCAUUCCCCAAAUGCUUGUUAUGUUUAUGUCUGAGAGAAAAUCUAUCUCCUUCAUUGGCUGCGCUCUCCAAAUGGUUAUCUCUCUUAGCUUGGGAUGCACUGAGUGUGUCCUCCUGGCUGUGAUGGCCUAUGACCGGUAUGUAGCCAUCUGCAACCCACUGAGGUAUCCCAUCAUCAUGAACAAGGUAUUAUAUAUUCAAAUGGCUGCGUGGUCUUGGAUCAUAGGCUGUCUGAUCUCCUUAGUUCAAACAGUCCUGACAAUGGUGUUGCCUUUCUGUGGAAAUAAUGUCAUUGAUCAUAUAACCUCCCACCUGACUGUGGUCAUCUUAUUCUAUGGUUCAGCUCUUUUUAUGUACAUGAAGCCCAAGUCAAAGUACACAAAAGUAUCUGAUGAGAUCAUUGCACUGUCUUAUGGAGUUGUAACCCCAAUGUUGAACCCUAUUAUCUACAGCUUGAGGAAUAAGGAGGUAAAAGAAGCUAUGAAGAAAGUACUGAGCAGACACUUACAUUUAGGGAAAAUAUGA